CAAUUAACGUUUCAAGACAAGUUUUCAUAUUUCUUUAUAUUAAAUGAAUAGCUUGUUGAAGAUAUAGAUUUAACUGUUUUACUGUAACAAUAUGGAAAGGAAAUUUGUGUAGACUGUUUAAAAACUUGCUUUUGUUUUCCAGCAUGUAAUAAUUUACUGUUGCUUGAUUUUGCAAAUCAAACCUCACCUGUUUGUGUAGCAGCCUUAAUUUUUAAGCUAAUGCAUUUUGGAUACUGUUCACUGCAUAGCUGAGGUUUACUAACCUUUUAUCAACACUACAGAUCCUAUAAUACUGUAUCUGUAUUUCCCUCAUCCUGUUCUAGAGGUGUUUUAAUGCUCAUCUCCCACAAACUUGUCUCUAAAUUUUAUAUGAAAUGAAUCCCUUUCCCUGAGAACUAAGGCAUCAUCUGUAGGCACUUUUACAAAGGGUGAAGAUGUCUUCCAUAAUUGCAGUACCUGACACACCGCUUCUGUGGGACAUAAUUCCUCAGUUUCAGGCAGCUAAAGAUUGCUGUCUAUUGUGCGCUGUUAAUUUUUGUGCUGAUAUCUUUUGUUAUUUGUUUGAAUUAUUUUUUUUUAACUUUCUGAUAACGAAGUGGUUUGAGGCUCUCUCAAAUCCACCCUUCCUUUAUGUGUGCAUUGCAUUUAAUUUAUCUUAGUGUGUCUCAGGUAAAUUUUAGAUAUGACUGGUUGAAGUUUUUAUGUUGCUAGUAAGAACAAGGAAAGCACGUCGCAGAGUGAAGUAACAGAAUUUAUGGAACGUGACGGACUUUGCUGUUGUCUUGAAUUAAACCCACAGACUUACGGGCUUACCCAUUAGCCACAAUACUUGCUUUAUAAAAUAGUUUAAUGAAUCUUUGCAAGACUUGUGGAGAACGGUGUUUAAAAUAAAUAAACCCAACCCCCCAGUGAAGUGAUGGAAGAAUUUGACUUAUGCCCAUUAAAAGCUAAACUUGAUCUUACUCAGGUUUACUCAAGAUGGCUCACUAAACUCCUGGCAUGAAUCGCACUGAGAAGCAUUCCACAAUGCCAGACUCACCUGUGGAUGUGAAGACACAAUCCAGGCUGACGCCUCCAACCAUGCCACCUCCUCCCACUACCCAAGGAGCUCCAAGAACCAGUUCAUUCACGCCCACAACGUUAACCAAUGGCACUAGCCAUUCACCAACAGCGUUAAAUGGAGCUCCAUCUCCUCCUAAUGGCUUUAGCAAUGGGCCGUCCUCUUCUUCUUCCUCUUCUCUGGCUAACCAGCAGUUACCACCAGCUUGUGGAGCUAGGCAACUCAGCAAACUGAAGAGAUUUCUUACAACCUUACAGCAGUUUGGCAAUGACAUUUCACCAGAGAUUGGGGAGAGAGUGCGUACCCUUGUUCUAGGACUCGUGAAUUCUACUUUGACAAUUGAAGAAUUUCAUUCCAAACUGCAAGAAGCUACUAACUUCCCACUGCGACCUUUUGUCAUCCCAUUUUUAAAGGCCAAUCUGCCCCUGCUGCAGCGGGAGCUGCUGCACUGUGCAAGGCUAGCCAAGCAGAACCCAGCCCAGUACCUCGCCCAGCACGAACAGCUGCUUCUGGAUGCCAGCACCACCUCACCUGUUGACUCCUCAGAGCUGCUUCUCGAUGUGAACGAAAACGGGAAGAGGCGAACUCCAGACAGAACCAAAGAAAAUGGCUUUGACAGAGAGCCUUUGCACUCAGAGCAUCCAAGCAAGCGGCCCUGCACUAUUAGCCCAGGCCAGCGGUACAGUCCAAAUAAUGGCUUAUCUUAUCAGCCUAAUGGUCUGCCUCAUCCCACCCCACCUCCACCUCAGCAUUAUCGUUUGGAUGAUAUGGCCAUUGCCCACCACUACAGGGACUCAUACAGACACCCCAACCACAGGGACCUCAGGGACAGAAAUAGACCUAUGGGGUUGCAUGGCACACGUCAAGAAGAAAUGAUUGAUCACAGACUAACAGACAGAGAAUGGGCAGAAGAGUGGAAACACCUUGACCAUCUGUUAAACUGUAUAAUGGACAUGGUGGAAAAAACUAGGCGAUCUCUCACUGUACUACGGCGUUGUCAAGAAGCAGACCGUGAGGAGCUUAAUUACUGGAUACGGCGGUACAGUGAUGCAGAAGAUUUAAAAAAAGGCGGUAACAGCAGCAGUAGUCAUUCCAGACAGCAGAGUCCAGUGAAUCCAGAUCCAGUUACUUUAGAAUCACAUCGGGAAUUCCUUCACAGGCCUGCAUCUGGAUACGUGCCAGAGGAGAUAUGGAAGAAAGCUGAGGAAGCUGUCAAUGAAGUAAAGCGUCAGGCAAUGGCUGAGUUGCAGAAGGCAGUGUCGGAGGCAGAGCGGAAAGCUCAUGACAUGAUCACUUCAGAGAGAGCCAAGAUGGAGCGCACUGUUGCUGAAGCCAAGCGCCAGGCUGCAGAGGAUGCACUAGCUGUUAUCAAUCAGCAGGAGGAUUCAAGCGAGAGUUGCUGGAACUGUGGCCGGAAAGCUAGUGAAACCUGCAGUGGUU